CAGCCUGCCCGGGGCGGUAGGCAACACCAAGCCACCAAGCCCAGAUGUCAGGAGAGGCUGCGUCUGGCUGGAGGAUGGGGGUGGGAGCCCCAUGGGCAAGGCUGUCGGGCCAGCACCUGUCGGGCUCCGUGGGCCUGAGGGAUUCUCCAGGUGACAGAGAGCCUGCGGCCUCACGGGUGGGAGCUGCAUCAGAAAGAGGGUCCUGCAGCCACUCAGGGGGCAUCAGAGAGGCUGGGCCAGGGGCUGUGCAGGCUCAGGUCCUCCAGGGAGCACACCCCAAGGCAGAAUUCUCAGUGCAGGAGACACUCAGGGGAGAGACUGCUGGUGAAGGCAAAAGAGGAGGAGAGGGUUGGAGGCAGGCAGAGCCUCAGUGCCUUAGAGGAGUCCCCUGUGGAACCCCACUCAGGGCUCAGCCGUGGACAAGAGGGCGGCCCCGCAGCUGGAAGUGCAGCUGAGUCCCCCUCACUGCAGGCUCUGAGCAGUGCCUGGGCAGCCUUGGAGUCUGCUAGAAACCUCCAGAAGCCAAAUCAUGCAAACCUGAGCAAAGCAGUGGGCCAUGGGACUGAAGAAAGGGCCUGGCAGGUGAUGAGCACGUGCCAUGGAGGGAGGGGAUGCAGUUCAAGGACCAGAGCAUUUCCAACCUGGGCACCUAAAGGAGACUCCAUCCUGCAAAGAAACUUCCCUGAAAUAUUUGAAAAAACUGAAGUCCAGUGUGAAGACCAGAAGGUGGAGUGCCUGUACGAGGCGCUGAAGAGAGCUGGAGACAGGCUCCUGAGCUCCUUCCCCACAGCCGUGCCCCUGGCUCUCCACUCCUCUGUCAGCUACCUCGGCUUCUUCGUCAAUGGCAGCCCCGCAGACGUCAUCCGGGAAUUCGCCAUGACCUUCGCCACGGAAGCAUCUCUCUUAGCAGACUGCUCUGUGAAGCCUUGCACCAAGCAGCUGCAUCUGACCUUGGCCCACAAGUUCUACCCCCACCACCAGAGGGCGCUGGAGCAGCUGGCCAGAGCCAUCCCCCUGGGCCACAGCUGCCAGUGGACCGCAGCGCUCUACUCCCGGGACAUGCGCUUUGUGCACUACCAGACCCUGAGAGCCCUAUUCCAGUACAAACCCCAGAACGUGGAUGAGCUGACACUAAGUCCUGGUGACUACAUCUUUGUGGACCCCACGCAGCAGGACGAAGCCAGCGAGGGCUGGGUGAUUGGGAUCUCACAGCGGACGGGCUGCCAGGGCUUCCUGCCAGAAAACUACACGGAUCGAGCCAGCGAGUCUGACACGUGGGUUAAGCACAGGAUGUACACCUUCAGUCUAGCCACGGACCUGAACUCCAGAAAGGAUGGUGAAGCCAGCAGCAGGUGCAGCGGGGAAUUUCUUCCACACACCGCAAGGAGUCUUAGCAGCUUACAGGCCUUGCAGGCCACCGUUGCAAGGAAGAGCGUGCUGGUUGUUCGCCAUGGGGAGAGAGUGGAUCAGAUCUUCGGGAAGUCGUGGCUGCAGCAAUGCUCCACUCCUGAUGGGAAAUACUACAGGCCAGACUUGAAUUUCCCUUGCAGUCUGCCCAGACGGAGUCGUGGGAUCAAAGACUUUGAAAAUGAUCCCCCAUUAUCAUCGUGUGGCGUUUUCCAGUCCAGAAUUGCAGGGGAUGCGCUACGGGACAGUGGUAUCAGAAUCAGCUCUGUGUUUGCCUCCCCAGCCCUCCGCUGUGUGCAGACGGCCAAACUCAUCCUGGAAGAACUCAAACUGGAGAAAAAAAUCAAGAUACGAGUGGAACCUGGAAUCUUUGAAUGGACAAAAUGGGAAGCUGGCAAAACCACCCCAACCCUCAUGAGCCUGGAAGAGCUGAAAGAGGCAAACUUCAACAUCGACACUGAUUACAGGCCCGCGUUUCCCCUGUCUGCCCUCAUGCCGGCCGAGAGCUACCAGGAGUACUUGGACAGGUGCACAGCAAGCGUGGUGCAAAUCAUCAACACCUGUCCGCAGGACACGGGUGUCAUCCUGAUUGUGAGUCACGGCUCCACUCUGGACUCCUGCACGCGGCCACUGCUCGGGCUGCCGCCCCGGGAAUGCGGGGAUUUUGCCCAACUCGUGAGAAAGAUCCCUUCCCUGGGCAUGUGCUUCUGUGAAGAAAAUAAAGAGGAAGGAAAAUGGGAGUUGGUGAACCCACCGGUGAAGACGCUGACCCACGGGGCGAACGCAGCAUUUAACUGGAGGAACUGGAUCGCAGGCAGCUGAGAGUCACGGUGAUGUUCUCAUAACCUCAGAGUGGAGAGGCAGAGACCACGUGCCGGGGCUGGGAGAUGCUGCUCUUUCCAGAGGCGUCUUAGUCUCACCCAAUGUGAUUUGCAGAAGCACAAGACGCACUUUUAUAUUCUGGAAUAUUUCCCUUCAGCUUUCGCCUUUGUAACUCCCAUCUGUGGCCCCAUCGUCCACCAGCCCGGCUGUGGGGAGCACACGGCAGGUGGCUGGGUGAGGAUGCUGCCCUGCAGCAUGUACACCAAGUGUCUGCAGCUGGGGACACAACUGCCCAGGACUCUAACUUCCAGGAAUUAAAGACUCACCACACACGAAGGAUCUAACCACUUCAUUUUCCAUGGUCUGAUCAUUAAAUUUCCAAUCGUUUUUUCUUUUUCUACGUCCAUCACUCUUUAGCCAUAUCCACAUGGGCUAAAACGGGUGUAAUAGUCAAUAAAAUGGUCCCAGAAAACCGUCCAUCAGAUCAAAA